AUGCUUUCCAUCCACAUCGACGGGCUCUACGAAGUUCUCGGCAUCAACGACCCCGGAAUACAAUCUACAUGCAUUGGGUACUGUAGAAGUGGUCGGAGGUGCCGAAACCCAGUGGCAGAGGCAUCUCGCGACGCAGCUGAAGACCAGCUUGAAGAUAUCUGCGACGCUUUGGGCCGGGGAGUGGAACCCUCGACGCUGGAAACACAGUUGCAAAGCGCGGCAAAAUUGCUCCAUUGCAAAAGAUACCACCAGUCCCAGGCACCCGAGAAAACCGAGGAAUGGAUUGAUGAUUUGGUCAAACACAUUGAGGAACGCAAAGUGGCAAGACGCUCUGAAAGGGGUCAGCCUCCACGCUCUUCUCAACCUGGUCAACGGCGAUCCAGCGAUGGUCAAGUCGUAUUGCCAAUGGAUAGAGCAGCGGAAUCUCCGCUCUCGUCGGCCGGGAAUAGGGACCUCUCUGCCGCAUUGGACCGCCAGUUACAGACUCAGCAAGAGAUUCUGAGAACCCUGGGCGAAAUCUUAGCCAGGCUGGACCGAUCGACAUUCCGAGCGGCAAUUCCAGCCUUUGACGCGCGCCCUGGAAGUUCUGGCGCUGGAGCACCCGCGGGAGAAGAAAUCCACGACGAAGUGUCGUCUUCAACCUCUGGUCAUGACCAUACCCGCCAACCUAUCUCCCAGCCUAAAGUCAGCAUCGGCGAGCUGCCGGGAAGAUAUCCACCACAGCCAUCUUCAUCUCGCGGUCCGACUGCCACCUCUUCGUCCUCGUCCUCGUCUUCGUCUUCGUCUUCGUCGUCAUCUAGAAAAAACCUCAUUUCUUCCGCGCGCACUUCCACUUCCACCUCCACUUCCACCUCCCUGUCUGCGAGAAGGGGAAAGGUAGUGGCGGCAAAAUGCGGGAUCUGCCUGUCCCAACUGCCCUCCACCCGCAGUCGAGACAACAGUGCUAAGAUCUGGCGCUGUACGACGUGCCACAACGAGACGCACGCCAUGUGUUUCGACAAGUGGAUAGAGCAAUCCUCCGACAGCGUCGUGAGGUGCAUAUACUGGUAG